UGACCUAAUUUUUAUUUUGUAUUUUGAAAAGUGAAAACAUAACCUAACCUCAAAAAUAAUUUGAAUCUGUAGAUAAAUUAUAUACUGUUAAUAUUAAAUUAAACAAAUUUUCACGAAAAUAAUGGCAGAUAUUAUCGCAGGUGAUGAAAUAAAUCUUUUAGAACAAAAACAUAAGAAAGAAAAGAAAGAACUACAGGCCCAAAUUCAGGUUUUAAAAAAGACUGCAAAAAAUGAUAAAACCAAAAAGAAAGAACUUACUGCAGAGAUUGUAAAAUUAGAAGCAGAUUUAGAAGAGCGUCAUAGAAAAGAAAAUGAAGAGUUACAAAAUGGUUGCAGUCGCGAGCCCAUUGAGCCCGAAGUUAGUGAUAAAGAUGAAACAGACUACGAAAUUGCCAAACAAAAGGUCUCGAAAGCACAAAAGCGGCGAAACAAAAAGAUGCAACAAGAAAAAAAUCGGGAAAAAGAGAUCAUGUUGCAAGAACAAGAAAAUCUUCAUGGCCCUAGAAAUAUCGAAAAUCAAGAAAUGUCUGCUAGGUUACAACAAAGGAAGUUAAAGGUUUAUUCAAUACCAUCAGAUGGUGACUGUUUGUAUAGAGCAGUUUCUCAUCAAUUAGAGACUAAAUAUAACAAGAGCAAAUCUGUAGAUGAAUUAAGAAAGGAUGUGGCAACUCAUAUACGGCAGAAUAAAGAUGAAUUCAUGCUAUUCAUGUGUCAUCCAGACACCGGUUUCAAUCUAACAGAUGUGGAGUUUGAGGAAUAUUGUAAUAAAAUAACCAAUACUAAAGAAUGGGGUGGUGACAUAGAGAUAAGAGCAUUAUCAAAUUGUCUCAAGUGCCCAAUCACAGUCAUACAGGCCACUGGACCGGUGGCAAUAGAACAGGGAACUGAGUUUUCAGGCCCUCCCUUGAUUAUUACAUACCAUAGACAUAUAUUCAGUUUAGGUGAACAUUACAAUUCUACUGAAGUCUUAAAUGAAGAUGAUUAGAUUGUUUACUCUGGUUUGUAGUUUGAGAGAAUGGUUGCAUUUAGUUUAACAAGAAACUUGUUAAAGGAAAAAUUAUAACCGUACAGGGAAACUGCAAUA